AUUUUGAAACAUAAUAACAAGCAGUGUAAUUACACCAGUUCUCUACAAUUGCAAUUUUAGUUGACUUUAGAGACCCUGUACUUCAUAUUCCACACCCAUACAUGGCUGUGCCACUAUCAUCAUCAUCAUCAUCAUCAUCAUCUUCCUCUACUUUAUUCACCUAUGAUGUGUUCAUAAGCUUCAGAGGCUAUGAUACUCGUCAUGGUUUCACUGGUAAUCUCUACAAAGCUCUUUGUGACAAGGGAAUCCGCACCUUCUUUGAUGAUAAAGAGCUGGAGAGAGGGGAAGAAAUCACACCAGUACUUGUCAAAGCCAUUGCUGAGUCCAGGAUUGCUAUCCCUGUAUUCUCAGCAAGCUAUGCUUCUACUUCCUUUGGCUUGGACGAACUUGUCACCAUCAUUGACCGCAUUAAGAACCAAGGUCGGUUGGUCUUGCCUGUCUUUUAUGAUGUUGAUCCUUCUAAGGUGAGACAUCAAACUGGGAGUUACAAAGAAGAUCUGGAUAAGCAUCAGGUGAAGUUUGAACAGAAUAAGGAAAAGUUCACGGAUAACAUGGAGAGGUUGAAGAAAUGGAAGACAGCUCUUAGCCAAGCAGCCAACUUGUCCGGCUAUCAUUUCAAUCUUGGGGAUGGAUAUGAAUAUGAGUUUAUUGGAAAUAUAGUUAAAGAAGUCUCCAAUAAGAUCAAUCGUGUUCCCUUAUUUGUUGCAAAAUUUCCCGUUGGAUUAGAUUCUAAAGUGCUAGAAGUAAUAUCUCUUCUAGAUGUUGCAUCCGAUGAUGGGGUUUGCUUGGUAGGGGUUUACGGAUUUGGAGGAGUUGGGAAAAUAACACUUGCACGAGCAGUUUACAAUUCCAUUUUUGACAACUUUGAAUGUUUAUGUUUUCUUCAUAAUGUGAGAGAAAAUUCAAGCAAAUUGGAGCGUCUCCAAGAGAAGCUUCUUUCUAAGACAGUUGAACUUGCAAUUGACAUAGGAGAUGUCAAUGAAGGAAUUCCAAUAAUAAAACAAAGGUUACAACGAAAGAAAGUUCUUUUGGUUCUUGAUGAUGUUGACCAAUUGAAGCAGUUGCAGGCUAUGGUUGGAGGAAUUGAUUGGUUCGGUCCAGGCAGCAGAGUUAUCAUUACCACACGAGACAAAAAUUUGCUAACAAUCCAUGAGAUUGAAAGAACAUAUGAAGUAAAUGUAUUAAAUGAGAAAGAAGCUCUUGAUUUGUUGACCUUGAAUGCUUUCAAAAAGAACAAAGUUGAUUCAAGUUACAAGGACGUUAUAAAUCGUGCAGUAACUUAUGCUUCUGGCCUUCCAUUGGCUUUGGAAGUAAUUGGUUCCAACUUGUUUGGAAAAAAUAUAGCAGCAUGGAAUAAUACAUUAAGUCGGUAUGAAAGGAUUCCGGAUAAAGAUAUCCAACAGAUACUAAAAGUGAACUUUGAUGCUUUGGAGGAGGAAGAAAAGAAUGUUUUUCUUGACAUUGCUUGUUGUUUCAAAGGGCAUCCAUUGGUUGAGGUUGAACAUAUACUCCAUGCUCAUCAUGGUGAGUGUAUGAAACCUCACAUUGGAAUAUUGGUUGAAAAGUCUCUUGUAAAGAUCAGUUCGAAUGAUGAAGUAACAUUACAUGACCUGAUUGAAGACAUGGGUAAAGAAAUUGUUCGAAUAGAAUCAACAAAAGAGCCUGAGAAGCGUAGUAGGUUAUGGAGCCAUGAAGAUAUACUUCAAGUUUUAGAGGAUGAAACGGGAACCAGAGAUAUUGAAAUCAUCUGCCUGGAUUUUUCCUUGACGAGCGAAGAAGAAAUAGAAUGGAAUGGAAAGGGCUUCGAGAAUAUGAAAAAUCUCAGAACACUUAUUAUUAGAAAUGCUCAUUUUUCUAAAGCUCCCGAACAUCUUCCAAAUAGUUUCAGGGUAUUGGAAUGCGAAAGAUAUCCUUCAAAGUAUUUACCAUCUAACUUUCAUGCGAAGAAACUUGCCAUAUGUAAGUUACCCAGAUAUUGCUUUGUUUUAUCCAACUUGGCUGGGUUAUUGAAGACAGCACCAAGAAGCCCGUGAAUUUGAAAGUUUAGAAGAACUUGGCAGAGAUACUUGAUGUAUUUGGUCUGUCAAAUUUAGAAGAAUUUUCUGUUAUGGUCUCAGAUCACUCAAACUUGGUUGGUGAAGUAGUUCCUUUUCCCUGUGUUAUGAUUCAACUUGAAGGAUAAUUCUAUGGUGAGUUGAAGUUAUCUCCAUGUUCUUUUUCACCAUAAAAUGCAAAUGGAGGUUCACGCAAUGAGCUGCAAGUUGAUGCUAUAUACUGAGCUAUGUGGUUGUAUAGCUCCAGUUACGAUAACUGAUUCAAACUCUGUAAGAGUACGCUGGGCUUGUAACAUUUAUAGUGAUAGAAGGAAACACCUUUGUUGAUAUUCUCUCAUUUGUUAUGAAAUGGUUGGACAACUCUGGUUUAUUCGAGUUACAUUUGCAGAUGAUGCUAUUAAUGUUAUCCUUAUUUGUUAUUGUAA